UUUAACAUAUCGAAGGGGUUUUAUUUACCGGAGCGACCAUCGCCUCCAACAUUGGUCCAUACGAGACCGGGAAAAAUCAGUGACUUUGAAGACAAAGAAAGCAGCGCGGCGGCGGGAAAGUGUCGUCAACAUAAAGUCAACGAUAGCAUAUUUCCUACGACGGGUGGCAGCGAUUUACGUCGAAUUAUUAAUGGACGAGCCAUCUAUCGCAACAUAACAGGAUUUUGCGGCGAUUCUAUACAUUCCUCACGACUUCAACUUCAAACGCUUCGCGCCUACGAGGUUUGGCGGCAAAAUUUUCUACUAGCCAUUCUAUCGCUACAUAAUAGGUUGCAGACACAGUGUUAAGAAGAUUAUAUAGAAGAAGGAAGAUUUCUACAUGUUUCACGCUACAUAAUCGUGAGCAUCAUCAUUUUAUUUUAUACAAGCUACACGCAAAAUUUAUCGUGAGCGGCAAUUUUUUAUUUUUUUUAAAGUGACUUCAAUUUUUUCACUUCAAUCCACUUCAAUAUUGACUGGGUAUCAUUGAUCGGUGUCUUCGUCGCACAUAUUUACCGCAAGAGGGCAACAUCUAUACCACUCACUCACUCCGUGUGCCGUGUGCGUGCGGCCUAUAAUACAACGGCGGCACAGCAUUUCAGCCAAUCACGGACGAGCGAGAAAUUUGACGCAGAGCGGCAACCAAUCACAGCAAGGUGACGCAGUGAAGCUCUACCGGCGCGACGAGGAACGAAUCUCCGAACAAUUUUUUGAAUUUUUUACUCAUUCAACCAUUUUAAUUUUUUCGUUAAAUCGUAAUUUCAUUUUUUACAUUUUAUAUUUAUACAAGUUUUAUUCGUUUGUUAUAUACUAUUGUAAUUGUUAUUAACGGCAAUGGCAGACGACGAGCGUUUUCAUCAUUUAAUUGCAGCAAGAGGAUACGUAAAGGGCACGUUGACACGGAUUUUUAAUUUUGUGGCUAGUGAACAAUUCAACAAGGCGACUAUGGACACCUUAAACAUUCGCAAGUCGCGGCUCGAGACUUCGUUCAAGGAGUACGAGCAGUUUAAUGUGGAAAUAAUACAACUUAGUGAUGACGACAAGGAGGAUGUGGAGUCCAUGGAGGACAAGUAUUAUUCGGCCCUUAGUUCCCUGAGCAGCCAACUGUCUUUGCUCUCUGGUACGGCUAUGCGUACCGAGAAGCCUAACACGCCGUCAACGUCGUCUGCCACGGCUGCCAAGAUCAAUCUGCCUCAAAUUCAAAUUAAACCUUUCACUGAUACCUACACGGCACGAGCAUAUCAGAUGGAACGAGACCUGAAGGCUGACCCGUCCCUCAAGGAGUUCCUUGAGUACCUAGAACGACGAGCCAUGGCUCUGGAAACUGCAGACCAGGGUAUGGUAAGGAAGAAACUGGCUGUCAACAUCGCAACCGACUCAGGAGCCUCCGGAUGUCUGAAAUGUAAGUCCACAACCCACAAAUUAUUUAACUGCCCGCAUUUUAAAUGUAUGGCUGUCGCUGACAGAAUAAAGUUUGUUAGGGCUAACAAGUUGUGUGAGAUAUGCUUAAAUUCACACACUAAAAAAUGCAGAUACCAUUUCCGAUGCGCUACAUGCAGGCAAGCGCAUAAUACAUUACUGCACGCUGAGGAAGUGGUCAAUAAAAUACAGUCAUGCAAUUUUUCUUGUGACAAUGCACAUGUGAUCCUUCCCACUUGCCGUGUCAAGGUUGUUGCUAAGGAUGGCACGGAGCACACCAUAAAGGCCUUAUUAGACAGUGGCUCACAGGCUUCGUUUGUUACCAGCAAGCUUGUCAAUAUGCUAGGCAUGACUCCUAAGCGGAAUGCGGCUGAUAUAGUUGGUAUUUCCAAUGCAAAGACCAAAAUAUCCUAUUCCCUUCCGUUGCAUGUCUAUUCAUUGAAGUCUGACUAUUCAACUACGGUCAACUGCCAUGUCAUUGACACAAUCACAUGCAAACUCCCACAAAACAAGAUUGACUUGUCGCGUAUGUUCAUCCCACCUGCCUUACCACUUGCAGAUGAUAACUUUAAUGUGCCUGGGGAAAUUAAUAUGCUUAUGGGUGCGGACAUAUUUUUUCAGGUGAUACUGCCAUCCACGGAGCCAGAGCGCCUCUCAUCGCAGAAUGAGCUGCCCACACCGCGCUUCAUAAACACCAAGUUCGGCUAUGUAGUGGGAGGUAGUGUUGCAGACCAGCAUGCGUCUGAUAAGGUUGUAUCUUUGUAUUGUCAAAGCUGUGAUAACGGUCUUAAUAAUGCUGUAAGUUCAUUUUGGGAAGCUGAAAGUGUACCACAUGUAUACAAUGAAAAAUCUACAGAGCACAGGCUCUGCGAAAGUGUAUUCCUAAACUCUGUGAAGUUGCAGGACAAUCAUAAUUUAGAAAAACGAUUGCAUAAAGAUGAGAGGUCUUUCUCUGAAUAUCAGAGCUUUAAUACUAUUGGUAGCCCUGCCGAUUUAAUAAGCAGAGGCACCCUAAGUGACCCCAGUGAUCUUCCACACUCCAAGGUACGGUGGCACGGCCCAGACUUUCAACGAAACAGUGAGUACUUAGUCAAUGAACAUAUAGACUUACCUGUCAAUUUACCUGAGCUGAAGUCUGCUACACCCGGGUCACCUGUAAACCUACCUGAGGCCCCGACCACCAGCGCCGUGAUCUCCCUGGUCGCGCAAUCGCAGUCGGAGGUAUUUGAUUAUAUUUACAACUAUUCAUCUAUACAAAAAAUGACACGAGUUUUAGCUUAUGUACUGAGAUUCUGUCGCAACAUUAAAUCUAAAAACGAUAAGAAUAAAAAUAAUUAUUUGUCUAGUGCCGAGUUAAAUAAUGCAUUGAGACUGAUUUUGAAACAUGAUCAAUCCCUUCACUUCAAAGGGGAAUUUCACUCUAUAGGAAAUGGUACUUGUUUAAAAGGUAGUUUAAAGCCAUUGCAUCCGUUUGUAGAUGAAGAGGGUUUAUUAAGAGUAGGGGGCAGGCUUGACCAUGCUAAUCUUACCUAUGUUAGGAAACACCCUUUGAUAUUAGCUAAAAAUUCUCAUGUUACACAACUUAUUAUUCUGAAUGAGCAUUAUAGGCUGCUUCAUGCAGGACCUAAGCUUUUGUUAUCUAGCUUAAACGAAAGAUACUGGAUAAUUAAUGGUAUACGAGAGAUUAAAAAAGUCACUCACAAAUGUAUUAUGUGUUUCAGACUGAAAGCGGCGGCUGCAAAACAGUUAAUGGGUUCAUUACCUGCGGACCGUGUCACCCCUUCGCGUCCCUUCGAGAAGGUUGGAAUAGACUUCGCUGGGCCCGUCAAUGUUAAGCUUUCGCGUAUACGAAAGUCAGUAGUAGGUAAAGGCUAUAUUUGUGUUUUCGUCUGCUUUUCAACAAAGGCAAUUCAUCUUGAGUUGGCCUCAGACUUGACCACCGAUACCUUUCUCGCUUGUUUCAAACGACUAAUAUCGCGACGCGGUUUGCCCACCGAUGUUUAUUGUGACAACGCAGCGACGUUUAAGGGCGCAGACAACCAAUUAGCUGAUUUGCACAAGCUGCUCGCGUCUCGAGACCAUCAAACACAGGUGCAAGAUUAUUCAGCUACUAGAGGAGUGCGAUUUAACUUCAUUCCAUGCUACUCACCGGUGUUUGGUGGCCUCUGGGAGGCCGCAGUCAAAAGUACAAAGUACCAUUUAAAACGUAUUGUACACAACACUCUGCUAACUUAUGAGCAGCUUCAAACUGUUUUGUGUGAGAUCGAAGCCGUACUAAAUUCGAGGCCUUUAGUUCCCAUGUCAACUUCAGACAUCGAUGACUUUUCAUACCUCACGCCGGGACAUUUUCUCAUUGGGGUGGCUCCGACCUCAUAUCCAGAACAAAAUGUGUCAGAUGUACCUAACAAUAGGUUAAGGUUUUGGGACCAUUGUAUAAAGCUAAAACAAAUGUUUUGGAAAGUAUGGUACAAACAUUAUCUUACCGUGUUACAAACUCGUCCUAAAUGGCGAGAUGAUGUACCAAAUAUUGAUGUAGGUUCUCUAGUGAUACUUAGGGAACAAGACACCCCACCAUUGUCAUGGCCCAUGGCCCGGGUAACCAAAGUUUUCCCUGGAGCUGACCAGAAAGUUAGGGCUUUAGAAGUAAAGACGCCUAAUGGCAAAACUCACAUUAGGUCUGUGACGAAGGUGAGCGUCUUGCCUAUAGAUAAGUAAAUAUAUUUAGAAUAAGAUUAAAGGUUAUUUUAUUUUAUAUGUGCUUAUGUAUUUACUUACCUGAAGAUUGUUAUGUUUUACUUACAUACCUAUUAUAGGAUAUUUUUAUAUAGAAUAAGUUACAUAAAAUUAUUAUUUUAAUGUUUUCAUUUUGCAAACAGUUUUCUUACAAAUAUUGUUAUGAGAUGUAAUGUUUUUCUCUUUUAAUAAUAACAAUUCUUAAAACUGUUGUACAUCUAUACUCUGGUUGAUAGUUUUUUCUUUAACUUAUAUAAAGGCAUUGUAUCAGAUGUAAAAGGUUACUAUUUGUACUUAUGUGUCUAAAGUUUUCACUAGAUUGUUUUUCACUUAACUUAAAAGAAUGUUAUUCAUGUGCUUCAUAGAAUACUUUAAAAAGAAUGUUUUACAUUGAAUUGAUUAGCUUCACUUCAGUAGUAUGUCCUUAAUAGUUUUGAUAUUCUACUCUAUAAGUUGUGCUUUAAAAGGUUAAUUACUUCAAUUUAAAAAUAAGUCAUAUUCUGUGAGGCCGCAGCAUGUUGGCAACAUCAAGGUCUAUAUUAUUUUUACUGUAAUAUUUUGUCCUAUGGCAAUAUUACGGGACUUUACGCCACGGACUUUGCCGACGAGGCACGUUUUCUUGUAUCUUUUAACUUUAUGUAAAUAUUUCCUAGUUCUUAAUUCUAAUACAGUCCACUUUAACAUC